CUGAUUACACUUAAGGCAAUGAGUUGAGCUCUGCGUUAUGCAGUGGUUAGGGAUUAGUCUUUCAUGGAUGCAAAUAAGUUUGGAUUGCUUAAGAAACUUCAUUUGUAGUUUGUCCACUGUGAAUGGUUUCAAUCACAGAUAGGCUGGUUUCCCCUUUGCCAUCCUCCUACUCUCUCGUCUCAUUCUGAUGAUACAUUGAUGCACAUGACAGUAAUGAUGGGGUUUGGAUAGUCCAUGGCUGUAACCUCUCACCUUGAAAAUGCUUAGCAUACCGCAUAGCUAUUUUUGGAGUUUUCUCUUGUAAUGCUUUGCGUGUAUGCAUGUGUGAAAGUGGGAGAGAGGCAGUCUGAGAUUGAGUGUCUUAAUUCCAUCUCUGCUAACACUUGUGCUCCGUGUGCAUCCCUAAUCCGGCCGGCCUGUUAAAAGGUGCCGCACGUCCUCGGGGGUCUGCAGAGCACAACUCACUUCCACAAGAUCCAUCCCUCCAUCUGUUCCGUCCUGUCUCCCCCAUUUGCACUUCAGCUGCACCACAAGUCUCCCUCACAGCAUUUUAUCGUAGAGAAGAGGCACAGACUGUUUCAGCCAGUGUCUCAGAGGAAGAAAAAUCGUCACCAGCAACAACAGCAGCAGCAGCAGCAGCAGCAGCCAUGAAUGGCACAGAAGGACCCAACUUUUACGUCCCCAUGUCUAACAAGACUGGGUUGGUUCGCAGCCCAUUCGAAUACCCUCAGUACUACCUAGCUGAGCCCUGGAAGUACUCUCUUGUGGCCGCGUACAUGCUGUUCCUUAUCAUCACUGCCUUCCCCAUCAACUUCCUCACCCUCUACGUCACCAUCAAACACAAAAAGCUGAGGACUCCUCUGAACUACGUACUGCUCAACCUGGCGGUGGCCGACCUCUUCAUGGUGGUUGGGGGCUUCACAGUUACUCUCUACACAGCCCUGCACGGAUAUUUCAUCUUAGGGGUCACCGGCUGCAACAUUGAAGGAUUCUUCGCCACCUUAGGAGGGGAGAUUGCUCUCUGGUCUCUGGUGGUUUUGGCUAUUGAGCGCUACAUUGUGGUCUGCAAGCCAAUGACUAACUUCCGCUUUGGGGAAAAACAUGCCAUCGCUGGCCUGGCAUUCACAUGGAUCAUGGCCCUGACCUGUGCUGCACCUCCUCUGUUUGGAUGGUCCCGGUACAUCCCAGAGGGAAUGCAGUGUUCCUGUGGGAUUGACUACUACACUCCCAAGCCUGAGAUCAACAACACCUCAUUUGUCAUCUACAUGUUUGUCCUCCAUUUCUGUAUCCCCCUCUUCAUCAUCUUCUUCUGCUACAGUCGCUUACUCUGCACUGUGCGAGCGGCCGCAGCCCAGCAGCAGGAGUCUGAAACCACCCAGAGAGCAGAGAAAGAAGUGACACGUAUGGUCAUCGUCAUGGUGAUCUCCUUCCUGGUGUGCUGGGUGCCCUAUGCCAGCGUGGCUUGGUACAUCUUUGCCAAUCAGGGAACUGAGUUUGGACCGGUAUUCAUGACGGCUCCGGCCUUCUUCGCCAAGAGUGCUGCUCUGUACAACCCAGUCAUCUACAUCCUGCUAAACAAACAGUUCAGAAACUGCAUGAUCACCACGGUGUGUUGUGGAAAGAACCCAUUUGGAGACGAUGAGGCUGCUGCCGCCGCCGUCUCCAAAACCCAGACCUCAUCCGUCUCUUCCAGCCAGGUGGCCCCCGCUUGACCUGCCAUCACCCCCACCCCCAGCCCCGGCUCCUCCUCUUCCACUUCCCAUCUGUCCCUGCUCACCUAGGGACCCUCCACCGCCAAGCAGCACUAUGUUCUAUCGGCCAAUCCUCUUGACAUAUCUCUCCAUGUGUCUUCACUGCAGUGGCACCUUUGGUGGGACUGACAUACUCAAGAGCCAGCAUGUGUUAUUCUCAAUCCAUUUAAUCAUGGAAAGUGUUCAGCUGGCUUCACAGAGUUUAACCCAGCAUCAAGGGGGUGUUGUUUGUGUGAUGAUCCAACUGAACACAUUCCAAGCUUCCCCCCCGAAAAAAACACAAAUGGUGAAAAUCUAAUACAACAGACCACACUACAUGAUUUCAUCCACAUCAAUUCUUGUUCAAGUAACUGUUUCAGCUCUAUAUCCCCCCCAAAAAUGCGCUUUACAAUCCAUUUUCUGAAUACUUAGUUAAAAUUAGUCAUGAAUUUGUUUAGUUAUCUCAUGAGUUUUUAAGGCAUCAGACAGGACCGUCUUCUUGUCGCUCCUCUUUGGAGCUUUGCAGAGGUGGUUCGUUUUCUCCUGGCAUUGACUGAAAAGUGAGUGUAAACAGAUGGACCUGAAAAGAGCCUCUGCAGGGAGAAGGCACCUCCUGCAAGAGACUGGCUGUGCAUGUGUGUGUGUGGUGGACGUUUAUGUGUUUGAACUGAAUGGAUGUCAGAAUGUCAGUGUGCGUAUUAGGGAGAUACCGGGAUAUUGUUUUUGUUCAGUGUAUAAAGGCUAGGAUCUCGUGGAAGUUGUUCUGUGUCCUGCAAUAAAAACAAAGCUAAAUGUCUCUGUGUUUUUUCCCUCACUCUCUUUAUCAUGAGACCAUUUACAAGGCUUCCUGAGACGUUCCAGAUGCUCAUUUGUGGGCCUUUGGGUGGCAGGCCAAAUCUUAAUGGCUUUCAAAUGUUAAAAAUUCACUUUGCUAUAAUGCAUUUAGGAAUGAAACACUGAGAUUCGGUACAAUAAAUGUUGUCAUCGUUAGACACUUUAAAAUCCUAAAUACUGUAAUUUAUUUCACAAACUCUGACAAGUCAUUUGGCAUCACAAAUACAGUCUCUCCUCAGAUUAUAUUGAGCUCACUUUUUUUUUCCAUAAAUGUAAUUUUCCCUCUUUUUAAAUUGGUCAGAAUCCAACAUGAUAUUCAUUCUUUUACAAGCACACUGAUCAACACUUCUAUACUGAUGCAGCUCUUCCCAGUGAACUACAUUAACAUUUGAUUUCAUUCAGUCAUUUAUAUUUCUUCUCUUUUUCACUCCUCCUCAACCCAUCAUCAACCCGCAAAGCACAUUGGGACAUCUAGUUCAGAGCACCGAUGGGAGCCAGUCGCCCAUCUUCACCAAUCACACCUGAGAACGUUGCAGGCUUUAGGAGAUGGGAGGAGUU